UCUCUCUGACGUCCCUUUUAUUCUAGCCUACCUUUUGCUACCCUGUUUCAAGCCAUUCUAUUCAACAGUACAAUCAAUCCAUCCUCUGCUUUUUUUCUGUACUGUUUUUUCUCUUCAAAUCUGGGUGUGGGUCUGUGUGGUUCCUAGUUUUUCCCAAAGAUUGAUCGAAAUGGCAGUCGAACUUUGCUCUGAGAAUUGUGGGGCUUCUACAAUGAGUCCGAGAAUUUCGUUCUCGCAUGAUUUCUCUCAAUCAGAUGUUAUCCCAGUUGAGCAAACCCCUUUUAGAUCAAACUCCUCUGGUUUGAACUCCAGCUUUGAUUUUGAUGUUUGUGUUCGUGAGAGCUUGGAGCAAGAGUCAUCUUCAGCGGAUGAGCUCUUCUCUGAUGGCAAAAUGAUUCCCACUGAGAUCAAGAAGAAGAAGAAGAAGAAAGACCAAUCACCACUUCAUCAAACCGUCCCACCCACUGAAACUGUUCGUGAAAAUGCCUCAACCAGGAAAACAAUCAGGAACGAAAGCCUCAGAGAGCUCAAGCAGCAGCAACCUGUAGUGAAUACUGAUGAAGUUGAUGAGAAGCAGAGUUCUAAUUCUAAUAAUACUAACAAGUCGUUCUGGGGAUUCAAAAGAAGUAGCAGUUGUGGCAGUGGUGGCUAUGGAAGAAGCUUAUGUCCUUUGCCACUUUUAUCAAGAAGCAAUUCGACUGGUUCUGCUCCUACCCCAAGUGCUAAGAGGAUGCCACUUUCAAAGGAAGGUCCCAACAUGAAGCAAAAUCCUCACAAGCAUACUCCCACAAGGCCUUAUCAAAAGCCUCCACUGAAGAAAAUCCAUGGAUCUUAUGUCCAUAAUGGCGUUAGAGUCAACCCUGUUAUCAAUGUUCCUUCUGCAAAUUUAUUCGGCUUGGGUUCAAUCUUCUCCAGCAACAAGGAUAAGUCCAAGAAGAAGUGAUCCACAGAAAGUUUCCAUAAGGGGAUCAAGAAGACAGAGAGAGAGAGGGGGGGAGGGAGAUGAAAGAAGCGCAGGAAUGAUAUAAUGCAGGCACAUGGUUUGGGGCACAAAAAGACAGGUAAUGGUAGCUUUCAUGGCUGUCCCUUGCUUGUUUGUUUGUUGUUGUACCUUUGUUAUUUGGUCAGACAAUGUGUAAAUACAUUGAUUUUGGUUCAGGUUUUUUUUUUUCCCCCCCUUUUUAUUAUUUGCUUGUUCUUGUUCUUCUUCUCUUCUCAUGCCUGCUGAUGCUGCAGUCUCUGAAACAUGAGACUGAUAGAGAAGAAAGAAGCUUCUUUUGUGCAAUUUUAUGAUGAAAGAGAUUGGUUUGUUCA